AAAGAAACGUUACCUUACAAGCAGCACUCACCUUUAAAGAAACAGCACAGGAGCAGAGUUUCUAAAAAAAAGGGCAAGCGCAAGACGAUGAAGAUGAAGAUGAUAAUGAGGAGGGCUUUCACAACUUGCUUCACUUCAAACACUCUCCUUCCAUUCCCAAGACUAGGUAAUACUAUUACUUCCACUACUACUAUUGCGUUGCUUCGAUUGCAUUCACUUUCUCAGCCAUCCACUUACCCUAACCCUAAUCACAUACCCAAUCAUCUUACGAAAUUUGAACAAUUACUUUUGGAGAAAUCUAGAGUUGGUUUUGAUAAGCUCGACGAUGCUCUUCGAGUGUUUGAUAAAAUGCUCCGGAUGAAACCUCUGCCUAAAGUCAUCAAUUUUAAUGAACUCUUGGCCGCCCUUGUCAAGAUGAAACAUUACUCCGUGGCUGUCUCCGUCUUUUCAGAUAUGUGCUCUUUUAGCAUUCCUGUUGACAUAAUUACCUAUAACACCACCAUCAACUGUUGUUCCCAUUUGAAACGAGUUGAUUAUGGCUUUACGCUGUUGGCUGCCAUCUUUAAGCGAGGUUUUGUCCCGGAUGUUGUUACCUACACAACUCUUCUCAGGGGACUCAUUUCCCAGGACAAGUUUCUCGAGGCUGAGCUUCUCUUUAAGAACCUUCUCAAGCAAAAUCAAGUUGAGCCUGAUGCAACUAUCUUUAACACCAUUAUUAAUGGCCUCUGCAAAACAGGCAACACUUCCCAGGCUAUGAGGUUGCUUAGAUACAUGGAGAAGAAAGGUUGUAUGCCCUGCGUAGUAACUUACAACACUAUUAUUGAUAGUUUGUCCAAAGACGGAUUGGUCGAUGAUGCUUUGGGUCUUCUUGCCGAAAUGAGUGACAGAGGCAUUCAACCAAAUGUUGUAUCCUAUAGCUCAUUAAUUCAUGGUAUGUGCAACCUUAACCGAUGGGAUGAUAUAACACAAUUGUUAAAAGAUAUGGGCAGACACAAAAUUUCUCCGGAUAAGAAUACCUAUAGUAUAUUGGUUGAUGCACAUGCAAGAGAUGGAAAGGUCAAAGAUGCUGAGUAUCUGAUAGAGUUAAUGAUUCGAAGAGGCCAAAGUCCUGACGUAGUCACAUAUAGUGCACUCAUGGAUGGAUACUGCUUGCGGGGAGAAUUGGAUAAAGCGUUAGCAGUGCUCAAAACCAUGACAAGUAAGGGGAUUUUUCCCGACAGUCAGACCUAUACUAUAUUGAUCAAUGGUUAUUGUAAGAAGAUGAAAGUCGACACAGCAAUAACUCUCUUAGAAGAAAUGCCCCUGAAAGGUUUAACACCUACAGUUGAAACAUACAGUACUAUUUUGGAUGGCUUAUUUCGUACGCGUAGGCUUGAUGAAGCACAUAAGUUUUAUAGGAAGAUGUUAAACCAAGGUGUCAGACUGAAUAUAGUGACAUGUUGUACCUUGCUUCAUGGACUUUGCUGGAAUGGACUGGUUGUUGAAGCAAUGUUCUUGUUUCACAAGAUGGAGUCUUGUGGCUUAGUUCCUGAUAUACACAUUUAUAGUAUUCUGAUUCAUGGAUUGUUCAAGGACGGCAAGGUUGACAAGGCAAGGAACCUUUUUCAUAAUCUUCUUUUGAAGGGUUUACAGCCUAGUGUCAAAACCUACACCAUUAUGAUCCAUGGAUUCUGCCAAGAAGGGUUGCUGGAAGAAGCAUAUAAAAUACUUUUGGAAAUGGAAGAACACAAUUGCUUGCCUGAUGAAGUUACCUACAACACUCUUAUUCGUUGCUGCUUUAAGAAUAAGAUGUAUGAUGGAGGUUGUGUGCUUAUAGAUGAGAUGGUCGCUCAUGGUUUCAAAGCAGAUGCCUCUACCGCCUCGAUGCUAUUUAAUUUGCUGCAAUUAAAAGAGCAGGACCCUGCGCUCGUUGCUUUGCAGAAGAAGUUCAUGCCUUGACUACAUCAAUGAGCGAGUUUAUUAAGGAGAACUCUUUGCAGGUUGGAGUCUUGGAGGUGCUUGUUUCCUGAAGUGAUGUAUCAUGGAGGUUGUGUACUUAUAGAUGAGGUGUGUGCUCAUGGUUUCAAAACAGAUGCCUCUACCGCCUCCAUGUUAUUCGAUUUGCUGCAAUUGAAAGAGCAGUACCCCAUGCUCCUUGCUUUGCAGAAGUUCAUGCCUUGAGUACAUCAAGGAGAGAGUUUAUUAAGGUACAAAAUACUUUUAAAUUGCCAAAACUUCGUAAUAGUGUGCUACAAAAUUUUAAAUCAGUAGCAAUUAUGAUAUUAGAGAUAAUAGAAUGUAAUUGUUAAAAUCGAAUUUCGAACUGGUGACCGUGUUGUAUUUGCAUCUUUUCACAAAACGAGAAGUGUGGUAGAGCAUCUAUUUUGCUUUAACAAAGAGUUGGUUUCUUAGGAGAUGCGUACCACCUGAAUAUUACCGGACCUAUUCUUGCUCUGCAUGGUACAUACUGGAAUCUGUUGAUCCGGUGUAAAAAUUAUUAUUUACUCGGACCUUCGUGGAACUACUUUUGAUAUAUUAUUAAACUUGUUUUCAGACUGUAGUCACAAAUUUGUUUUUAAAAAUGCCUCCAGUCAAGUAUGUAUAUUCAGAAAUAUCCUGUGCAACUACAUGUACACAUAUCUGCAACUAUUAUUGUAAAACUCUAAGAACAUUGUGGAGAUGGUAGAUUAUGGUUGAAGAAAGUAGAAGAUAAUGAGCAAGGCUAUCACUACUUCCAUAAGAUUAAUCCACUCUCUCUUUUCUCCACUUAAUCAGACCCUGAUCCCGAAACCGCCUAAACUCCUUCAUGGAUACCUCAUCCGCAACUUCAACAGUUACUUCAUUAGAAAAAUGGUCGGUUAUAUGAGUUCCGUGGUGCUAUUCUUGUGUUAGACAAAAUGCUCCAAGCGAGACCUCGUACUAGUGUUAUCGACUUUAAUUAACUGUUAUCCACGAUCAUUACAAUGAAACAAUACUAUGUUGCUGACUCUUUUUACUGAUACUUAUGCUUUUACCAUUCCAGUUAUUGUAUAUGCCAGUCAUCGAAAGGUUAGCAGCUGCUACUAAUCAUCCAUCUUCUGACAAAUUCCCCUACUUUUGCAAUAGUAGUUUAGUUUUAAUGUCUACAUCAAUUUUUUAGCGGCUUAUUUAUACUCCGAUCAUUCAGAUUUGUACUGAAAUACACACUGACCACUAAUUUUUUUCAUCCAAUUUCAUCAUUCUAGUUUGACGAUUGACGACUAUGCACUCCAGCUAUAAAUCUGGUAAAAAUAAUCUCUUGUGUUACACUUACCGGCACAAGAGCGUAUAUGAGCAUGGUUAUGAACACCAUAAUUAUUUGUAUAAUAUAUAUAUCAAUGUCAGGCCUCACAAUCACUGACAUCAAAAACCUCUUAGGGACGCCUAGCAGCUCAAGAUCAUCACCGAGACGAUUAAUGGAUCCCAUAAGUUUCUAUCUGGAAAGGGAAGAAUAAGCAGUCAUUUUGUUUGAUCAUUGGUGAGCUUUCUGUAUAGACUUAAGUAUAGCAGCAUGCUUUGUUUGCUGUUCAUAUUUAUAUCAAAAUUCAUGCACUUUUACUCUUAAUCGCCUAAUGUUGUACCAAAUUUACUCCAGAAAAUUGAUGGAAAUUAAAUAACAUUCUUUUCACAUGGAUGAUUUAUUUUUCUCCUUCGCAUGGAGGGUAGAAUUUUAAUGGAAAUAGGGAAGCAAUGGUAGCAUUAUAGGUUAAUAUUGGUUGCAUUUACAUACAAUUGUUUGCCUGAUGAAGUUACAUACGACACUCUUAUCCGCGGCUGCUUUAAGAAUAAGAUGUAUGAUGGAGGUUGUUUACUUAUAGAUGAGAUGUGUGCCCCUGGUUUCAAAGCAGAUGCAUCUACCACAUCCAUGCUAUUCAAUUUGCUGCAAUCGAAAGAGCAGGACCCCCGCUCCUUGCUUUGCAGAAGAAGUUCAUGCCUUGACUACAUCAAUGAGAGUUUUAUUAGGGUCUCAGUGGCUUCUCUUCGAGGUCUCGAGUGGCUUCUCCUUCGAGGUCUCGUGCCAGAGUUUGCAGGGCGAUGGAGUGUGUUACUCUCUUUCUCUCUCUCUCCCUCCCUCCUCUCCUCUCUCAAUUUUACUUGUCUGAUUUUGAUGAUGGCUGUGUAAGUUUCUUGGUAGAUAGAGAAAACUUGGUAUUUAUUUGUCGUCCUCGCAGCAUAAUUUACAAGGCCAUGGAAUGGAUCAUGAUGAGGAAACCUCCGGUAUCCAAUGUUAUAAAGAUUGAUUGGUUAAACAGCUGUUGGUUUGAGCAAGUAGCAGAAGAUACUGAUGGGUGCAGAAGGUGAAGUGAAGUGUGAAGAGAAUUUGUGAUAGUUGGUACUGGAAUAUGCGGCUUUGCUACAGCUCUCGCUCUUCACAGAAUGGGUAUAAGAUGCACAGUUUUGGAAAGAUUGGAGAGUUUGAGAUUUUCUGAUAUGGCUCUCACCAUUAUGCCAAAUGGAUGACGAGCAUUACAUCAGCUUAAUGUUGCUUCAAUCCUUAGACAAUUUCAAGGC